UUUUCUUAUUAAAAAUUGAGAUAUCUAACUGAAAAGUAAACAAAAUAACGAAAGGCUCUAAAGCAUCCGUUGACGAAGUUGCUUCUUCUCUGAUUCGAGUCUCAUAAUCAUCACUGAUCAACGGCCAAUGUUCUUCACUGUAAUGUAAUGGCUACUUCUUCCUCUUCUUGCAAUUGGGUUUACGACGUCUUCCCAAGCUUCAGUGGAGAAGAUGUCCGCAAAACAUUUCUCAGCCAUCUUCAGUUGGUACUUGAUCGCAAACUAAUCACGAGUUUCAAAGAUAAUGAGAUCGAGAGAAGCCAAUCAAUAGCUCCAGAGCUUGUCCAAGGGAUUAAGGAUUCAAGGAUUGCUAUCGUGAUCUUCUCCAAAAACUACGCCUCUUCAAGCUGGUGUUUGAACGAGCUUUUGGAGAUUGUGUCUUGCAAAGAAGACAAGGGUCAACUAGUGAUACCUGUUUUCUACGCUUUGGAUCCUACUCAUGUCAGGAAACAGACCGGUGAUUUUGGAAUGGCUUUUGAAAGGACUUGUCUGAACAAAACAGAGGAUGAGAAAAAUCUUUGGAGGGUAGCUUUAACACAUGUCGCUAACAUUCUUGGAUAUCAUUCUGCGCAAUGGAAUAAUGAAGCAAAAAUGAUUGAAGAAAUCCAAAUGAUGUUUUGUGUAAACUGAAUUUAGCUCCAUCCAAGGAUUUUGAUGACUUUGUUGGCUUAGAAGUUCAUCUAAAAGAUAUGAGUUCUUUGUUGUGCUUGGAUUCCAAGGAAGUGAGGAUGGUUGGGAUAUGGGGUCCUUCUGGAAUUGGCAAGACUACUAUUGCAAGAGCGUUAUUUGCUCGACUCUCUCGUCACUUCCAUUGUAGUGUGUAUAUUGACAGAGCCUUUGUAUCUAAGAGUAUGGCAAGUUAUAGUAGAGCCAACCCGGACGACUACAACAUGAAGUUGCAUUUGCAAGAAACGUUUCUGUCUACAAUUUUAGGGAAACAGAAUAUAAAGAUAGAUCAUUUAGGUGCCUUGGGAGAGAGGCUAAAACACCAGAAAGUUCUUUUAUUUAUUGAUGAUUUAGAUCAACAAGUGGUGCUUAACGCCUUGGCGGGUCAAAUUCAAUGGUUUGGAAGUGGGAGUAGAAUCAUUGUGGUUACAAAUGAUAAGCAUCUUCUAAUAUCCCAUGGGAUUGAAAACAUAUACCAGGUUUGUCUCCCAUCUAAAGAACUCGCCCUUGAGAUGUUAUGUCGAUAUGCUUUUAGGCAAAACACUCCACCUGAUGGCUUCAAGAAGCUGGCAGUUGAAGUUGUGAGGCAUGCAGGUAUUCUUCCUUUGGGUCUUAACGUUCUAGGUUCGUAUUUGCGGGGGAGGAACAAAAGGUAUUGGAUGGAUAUGCUACCGAGGCUUCGAAAAGGUCUAGAUGGGAAAAUACAGAAGGCUCUAAGAGUUGGCUAUGAUGGGUUGGAUAACAAAAAAGAUGAAGCUAUAUUUCGUCAUAUCGCAUGUCUUUUCAAUUUUGAGAAAGUCAAUGACAUUAGGCUGCUGCUAGCGGAUAGUGACUUGAAUUUUAAUAUUGGUCUUGAAAACUUAGUGGAUAAGUCCCUCGUUAAUGUAAGAUCAAAUAUUGUGGAGAUGCAUUGUUUGCUACAAGAAAUGGGUAGGGAAAUCGUCCGAGCACAGUCCAAUGAGGCUGGAGAACGUGAAUUCCUUAUGGAUACAGAGGAUAUAUGCGAUGUACUUGAUGAUAAUAUUGGUACAAAAAAGAUGUUAGGUAUAUCACUAGAUGUAGAUGAGAUUGAUCAUGAGCUGAAUGUACAUGAGAAAGCAUUUCAAGGGAUGCGUAAUCUUCGUUUUCUAAACAUUUACACUAAGGCAUUGAUGUCAGGGCAAAAAAUCAGAUUGCACUUACCCGAAAACUUUGACUAUUUGCCGCCUAAGCUUAAACUAUUAUGUUGGGACAAAUACCCAAUGAGAUGUCUACCUUCUAGCUUUCGUCCUGAAAACCUCGUUAAGCUCAAAAUGCAAGAGAGCGAGCUUGAGAAGUUGUGGGAAGGAGUUGGGUCGCUUACAUGCUUGAAAGACAUGGAUUUGGAGAAAUCUAAAAACCUAAAAGAAAUACCAGAUCUUUCUAUGGCGACCAAUCUCAAGACACUUAAUCUUAAGUACUGCUCGAGUCUGGUGAAGAUUUCUUCCUCUAUUCAGAAUCUCAAUAAACUGACAAAGUUAAACAUGGAAGGAUGUACAAAUUUGGAGACUCUUCCAGCUGGUAUCAACCUUAAAUCUCUUCACCGCCUAGAUCUCAGAGGAUGCUCACGUUUGAGGAUGUUUCCUGAUAUCUCAAACAAUAUCUCAGUGCUUUUUCUAGACAAGACAUCUAUUGAAGAGUUCCCCUCUAACUUGCAUCUUAAGAAACUCUUUGAUCUUAGCAUGCAACAAAUGAACAGUGAGAAACUAUGGGAAGGAGUGCAGCCGCUUACUUGCCUCAUGAAGAUGUUGUCUCCUCCUUUGGCAAAAAAUUUCAACACACUGUAUCUCUCAGAUAUCCCAAGUUUGGUGGAGCUUCCUUGCGGUAUUCAAAAUCUCAAAAAACUUAUGGAGUUGAGCAUUAGACGAUGCAAGAAUCUGGAGUCUCUUCCCACUGGUGCUAACUUCAAAUAUCUGGAUUACCUUGAUCUCAGUGGAUGUUCAAAGUUGAGGAGUUUUCCUGAUAUCUCAAGCACCAUCUCAUGUCUUUGUCUAAACAGAACAGGGAUCGAGGAAGUUCCUUCGUGGAUUGAGAACUUUGUUAGGCUCACAUACCUAACUAUGUUGGAGUGCAACAAGUUGAAAUAUGUAUCCCUAAAUAUAUUUAAGCUAAAACAUCUUGACAAGGCUGACUUUUCAGACUGUGGGACAUUGACUGAAGUUAGCUGGUGCAACAAAACAAUUUCCGUGGCGGCGGCGACAGCAGAUAAUAUCCAGCCAAAGUUACUAGUGUCUGAGGCCUCCUCUUCCCUAUGUGUCCAGAAAUCUGUGGUUAGAUUCAUAAACUGCUUUAAAUUGGAUCAGGAAGCUCUCCUUCAACAAGAACCGGUUUUCAAGAGCUUGAUCUUGGGAGGUGAAGAAGUGCCUGCAUAUUUUAAUCACCGAGCUACUGGAAACUCCUUGGUCAUCCCUCUAGUUCCGACCUCUAUCUCUCUGGAUUUUUUAGGAUUCAGGGCUUGCGCCUUGGUUGAUGUUAAAGCUAUGUCCAUGCCUGGUAGAGUAGAUAUCCAGGUAUCUUGUCGGUUUAGAGGCAGUCUCAAGAACCAUUUUGAUUCUGCUGAUCACUCACACAGUCUAGUGGCCUUUCACAAGGCUAGUCAUCUGCUUAUAUUUGACUGUCGUUUCGCUCUAAACAAUGACAGUAAUCCUCUGAACUACGCUCAUAUGGAUAUAACGUUUCAUCUCACUACUGACUCUGUGAGCAAAAUAAAUGCAUGUGGUAUACGGUUCUCUGAGGGGGUUUCACCGCAGAAACACCUAAAUGGUCCAAGUAGUAUUGUACAUGUCUGUGAAGCCGAUGAAAGCAAGUUGGAUAAUGAUAGAAGACAUGCCCAUGAGACUGAACACGGUGAAGAGUGUGGAGACAGCAAUGUAGAGACAGUGGUAAGCAGGAAGCGAAUCAAGAUAUUGUGAACAACAACUCAAGAAUGUGUUGCUUAGCUUAGCAGCCAAAGCACGAGGAAUUCAUGCAUUGACAUAUGGUUUGUGAAGACUUCAUCUCCAGAGGCUUUGUAGAAGAAAAUCUUGUGACUAACAGAAGCUUAAUAUAGAUACACACACCUACCUAACGUAAUCAGAAGUAUAUGUAUAAAUGUUUCAAUCUUUGAGUUGGAUCAGAUAUGCUUUGAACAAAAGUCGCCAAAUAUACUCGUUCUUUCUCGUGUUUUGUAAUGAAAGGUGUGACAGAAGCUGUUCAAGAAACAGAUGAGACACAUAAUUUUAAUGUUUUUGAUUUUUAAGUACAAAGAAAAGCACCAUACUUUUUCACCAAAUUUAAGA